CUCUAGUUUCCAAAGUUUUUUUUUUUAUGAGGAGCUAUGGGCAGCUGAUAGGCAAAAAAGUGAGUUUCUGUCGUAUUAGCCGCCAAAAUAACAGAUGGAUGACAUCAAUGUACUACACCACAGAUGCCUCCUGAAUCUGAGACGUCGAAUCAGAGACAUUGGGGAUGGGCGCCCUGCACAGGAACGAUACAUGAGGCUGCAGAAGGAUGGAGACACGCUCAGUUACCAAGGGAACUCUGAGGAGGUGGGUUGCUAUGUGGCAGGCCAUCCUUUAUCAAAGGGAAACUGCUACUUUGAGGUGACAUUAGCGGACACAGGGGUGAGGGGUACCAUUGCUGUGGGCCUGGUGCCUAAAUUCUACAGGCUGGACCACCAGCCUGGCUGGCUGCCAUACUCUGUAGCUUACCAUGCUGACAACGGCAAGUUAUACAAUGGCAACCCUGUUGGACAGCAAUUUGGGCCAAAGUGUGCUCGUGGUGACCGCAUUGGCUGCGGAAUACACUCAGAAAAUAUUGAAGCAGGUUUUACGAUAGUCUUUUUCACCAAAAAUGGCAAUAAGGUGGGCUCAGUGGAGGUUCCCGUUUCUGCAGAGGGGCUGUUCCCCGCUGUAGGGAUGCACUCCAUGGGGGAGGAGGUGAAGGUUGACCUGCAGGCAGAGUGGUUCCUGGAGGAAGAUGAAAGUAUGAUGAUGGUGGACAGCCAUGAAGAUGACUGGGGGCGGCUUUUUGACGUCAGGGUUAGCGGCACGCUCUUGGAGUAUGUUGGCAAAGGAAAGAGCAUCAUGGACGUGGGUUUGGCCCAGGCCCGCCAGCCACUCACCACCCGCUGCCACUACUACGAAGUGGAGAUUGUUGAUGCUGGGGAGAAGUGCUACAUCGCCCUGGGCCUGGCGAGAAGGGAUUACCCCAGGAACAGACACCCGGGAUGGAGCCGAGGAUCGGUGGCGUACCACGCUGAUGAUGGCAAGAUCUUUCACGGCAGCGGCGUUGGAGACGCGUUUGGUCCUCGCUGCUUGAAAGGGGACAUCAUGGGCUGUGGCAUCAUGUUCCCACGAGACUACAUCCUGGACGGAGAAGGUGGUGACGUGGGCGACUGGGAUCGCAUGGAGGUCCGUCCGGGUCACGCGGGCGUCCAGAACGUCCUGUACCUCAACGAUGACGAAGAGGAGGAGGAGGAGGAGGAGGAGGAAGAUGGGGAAGACGUAGAGCAGGGACAGGAGGGCAGGAACGUCACGGUGUUCUUCACGAGGAACGGGAAGCUGAUGGGCCGGAGGGAGAUGGGGGUCCCACCCGGUGGCCUCUACCCCACGGUGGGGAUGCUGAGCAGCGGGGAGAAGGUCAAAGUGGAUUUGCAUCCCCUCAGUGGAUGAGUUGAGCCCGGGAACUGAAACUCGUGAUGCCCUGCAAACAGCUGGCUGCACUGUGGAGCUCACCCCGCGACGGCCCGGCGUGCCGCUAACACUCUGCCAGAACAGCCGCUCACAUGCACGUCUCGCUGUCGACAUCCUCGACGCCCGCCUCUGCUUUUAUUUAUAAGACCUGUACAUUUUCACAUGUUCACAAACGGAUUGUCCUCCUGGUUGUACAGUAGCAGAGAGGUCGUACAGGAGCUGUGUAAGUUACGGCAUGCAGGAAUAGACAGCUGCACCUCUUAGCUACAAAAAAAAA